CAGCUCCUGUCAGGUUAGGGGCAACACUUCCAGCCAGCACUCAGCACCAUUCGCUCUCCGCACCAGUCGACAUCCGUAGCAAUGCCGCCUCCCAGUGUCAGCACCUCUUCGCCCGCCGGCUGCCUCCUCGCCCCUCUUCUCACCCUGCUGGUGUUGGGGGCAGUGCCGCCCCACGGCGCGUAUGCCGCCCCCGCCUCAUCCCUCAAAUACGACCAGAGUCAGGCCGGUGAUUAUAAUGUCCAGGUUCAUCUGAAAAAUAUCGAGGUGUAUGCGAUUCUUGACGACUCUUCAUUCGGAAAUGAGCAAUACGACUACGACUAUGCAGAUAUGACGCUGAAAGUAACAUUCUCGCCACCCUCCAAGGCGCCUGGAGGCGGUUCCGCCCCCGAAGACCACAGCUCCGCCCCCAUGGUGGCUGGAGGGGCGUCGGAUAACAUAGAUGUGACCACCAACACAGUGGCUUCGACGUCUGCCACCUCCCGCACUACGAAGCGGUGCGGUGCGGGAUUCUAUCGCGAUCAUUUCGGACGGUGUCGUCGCGUCAGGCAUCCCCAGCUACCACUAUUGAGCCUCAGCCAUCUUCAGAGGAAAAAUAACGGAAAAACCCCAUCGUCAACCCUCUCAUCAAUAUCCUCAUUUAUCGACCACGAGUUCAGUGAUUGAAGACGACAUGUCCAAAACACCAACCACGCCCAAGUGAUAAUAAUCAACUCUCCACCUCCAACACUAGGAAAACGGACUAAGAAAAGAUGUUCAACGCAUUAAGUUAAACGGACCAACAACAAAAUAAUGUUCAACGCUUCUAGUUAGAAUAAUUUUAAGAGAAAAAAAUUAAGGUAAACGUGUGAUAAACGAAAUGACACAAAUCGAAAGUACAAGAGAAUUUUGUAAAAUUUUUAAAUAGGUGUGAAUUGAUGUCACAAAUGGGAAAUAGACGUAAAUUUUGUAAAACAGGUAGAAUUUGAUGUUAAGCAUUGCAUUGCAGAGCUGGAAGCUGUUUCAUAGAAAUUAUAAAACUAUUACAAUAGAAUUGAAUCGAGUCAAAUGAUGAAUGAUGAAUUUGCAAUAAUUGUAAAUCAAUUUAAUUCUCAUCAAUGUUUGGUUCUAUUACGAGCUGCUUGUUAAUAAUCACUUUUGAAUAACUAAAUUACGACAUAGUAGUCAGGUAAUUUAUAAAUAAAAGCUAUUAGCUUCUACUCACAUCUGUGUUUGUUUCUACGCAUACCUGACUGUAUAUCGUAAUUUAGUUUUCCAAAAGUGAUUAAUUUAAUAUUGUAAAUUCAUGAUCAUCAUCUGAAUUAAUUAUAAAGAAUUGGACUAAGUCAGAUGUUGGAUGAUGAAUUACAAUUGAAUUGAAUCUGAAUUAAUUGUAAAGAAUUGAAUUGAGUCAGAUGUUGAAUGAUGAAUUACAAUUGAAUUGAAUCGAGUCAGAUGUUGAAUGAUGAAUUACAAUUGAAUUGAAUCAAGUCAGAUAAUAAAUGAUGUUCUAAUAGAAGUCCUAUUUAUUAUUAAAUUUAAUUAUUAUUGUGUCCUGUAAUAUAGGAAAUAGGCUCCCAUACACUAGACAUAUUAUAAGCUUAUAAUAUACAAUCACUUUUCAAUCUACGUCCAGUGUGUGUAUGAGCCUUCUUCCUAUAUCAUUGGAGGACAAUUUUCAGGAAAAGCAGAGAAGGGUAGUGCAACUUAUGCACUUGGAAUCAAUGUUGCAUCAUGAAUUAUUACACUAAUUUAUCAAAUAUAUUGUAAAUAAUGACUCAGAAGUUUCUAUACUCACUGGUUCAUAACCACAUCAUUGAUUUGAAUGUACACAGUAUAUGAAAUGCUUAGUUAACAAUUUCAUACAUCAUUCAUGAAGAACAUGGAUAUGAAAUUAUUUGUUUUUAAUUCAAUAAAUUGACAAUGUGUAAAAAAUAGAUGAGAAAUAAUUUUCUUUCUUA